ACAAGAAAUGAUGAAGACGUCCAUGGCGCAGUGCCUACAGGAGGUCUAAAGCUCAUGGAUGCUCCUUUGUGAGUGUACAAAGAUUGAAUGAGUCUUAUGAAAUAUUCCUGUAAAAGAGCUGCUAUAUAUUGGCUUCUUGGAACUUUUGAGCUCAGAAUUUACCCCUCUUCUCCUUCUCAUCCUUCCUUCCCUCUCUCUCUCUGACCAUUUGCACCUCGAGAGAGAGAGAGAGAGAGAGAGAGAGAGAGAGAGAGGUCAUGCAAAGAGAUUCUUUGACUGUUGGUAGAGUGAUUGGGGAUGUUCUGGAUCCCUUCACGAGAAGCGUACCUCUCAGGGUGACAUACAACUCCAGGGAGGUCACCAAUGGAUGCGAGUUUAAGCCAUCAGCUGUGGUUGAGCAGCCCAGAGUAGAGGUCGGAGGAACUGACCUCAGGAUCUUCUACACGCUUAUCAUGGUAGACCCAGAUGCUCCUAGUCCAAGCGAGCCAACCCUUAGAGAAUAUUUGCACUGGUUGGUCACAGAUAUCCCUGCAACGACCGAAGCAAGCUUUGGGCAGGAGAUCGUGUGCUAUGAGAGGCCACGGCCGCAGCUAGGGAUUCACCGAUACGUGGUGGUGCUGUUCCAGCAGCUGGGGCGGGAGACGGUGUACGCCCCUGGGUGGCGCCAAAACUUCAACACCAGGGACUUCGCCGAGCUCUACAAUUUGGGUUCCCCCGUCGCCGCUCUCUACUUCAACUGCCAAAGAGAGUCCGGUUCUGGUGGCAGGAGGAUGCUAUGGUGAGGCCUGCAACUCUCACACUUCUUCUUCUCCCUUCCCUCUCUAGCAACAGGAAAAGCAAAAAGCAGAAAACAAAUGUUGUACCAUAUAUGAUUCUUGCAUUCCCACCUCAUCCAUGGCCGAUGAUGAUGUUUGUUCU